UGGCAGACUUCCCCACCCACUUCCUGCUGCCGAUCUGCAGUCCGGCUGCAGUCGAUGGUUUGUGACAGACACCUGUGUGUAAAGCUGUGACUAUGAAGUCAUUUUUCUGUGUGUGUGUUUUUCAUAUGUUCAACUUUCAAGUCUAUUGUUAAUCCUUUACACACUUCAAAUGCGCCCAUACAUCAAGUCCAGUCAGCAGCGUGUGUGUGUGAGUGUGUGUGUGAGUGAGUGAGUGACCAGGACAGCCGUGAAGCAGAGCUCUCUUUGAAGGUCUUUGGUGGUCCUUGGCUGGCAAACUGGUGGAAACAGAAACCUCUUAAUCUAGUGCUGAACAACUGUGCCUUCUCUAGGGGACAUAUCCGCAGUCCCUCAGAGCAAAAGGAUAAAAUCUUUGCUGAUAGACCUCAGGAUCAAAGGCACAAGCCUGUUUCAUGCUAACGGCCUUCUUUUGUAUGCGUCGUCUCCACCUCGCGAGUCCACUCACAGAGCCUGUGGUUAUUCCACUGCUGUUUGAUUUAAGUUGCAGUGUUUAGAGACUGCUAGCGCCAGCAUAGUUUAUAGAGUAGGCAACAUUUAAUACCAUAUUAGGAAAUUAAAAGGGGAAAUGUCUUUAAUUCCCUAAUAUGGCAUUUCAGUGAGACCUAAGACAGCUUAUGGUGCUUUAUUUAAUGUUAUGUUCAUGUUAAGGAGUAUUUGGCAGGUGAGAAGUAGGAAGAUAUAAGAGUUUUACUUUUUAACUCACAAACACAGCUAUGGGAUUUAUUCUGAAGUCUAAAGUCUAUAUUCUGAAAUCUAAAUCCUUUUAUUAUAGCUCUCAUUCCCUCAAUGAAGUUUAAUCAGCUCUGCAUCUUUUCUAACCGUAAUGCCGGAUUAUUAAAGCCUACCAUGAUGACUAUGGAAUGUGGAGACAAAGCUGCAGACUGGAACAAGUUUUAGCCUGUGGCUAUAGCUUUGUGUGUGUGUGUGCAUGUGUGUGUGUCUCUGUGUGUGCGUGAGUGUGUGUGUGCGCUCCUGUGUGUGUGUGUGUGCAUGUGUGUGUGUGCGCUCCUGUGUGUGUGUGCAUGUGCGCGCCUAUGUGUGUGUGUGUAUGUGUGUGUGUGUGUGUUUGUUCACAUUCGACAGGUCAGCACACGCUGCCCAGAGAUCAGAGAGAGAGAGAGAGAGACAUCAGAGAGGUUGUUGAGGUUUUGCUUUACCCCCGCUUUGCAGGAGGUGGAGGCAGGCGAGGUGUGUCCUAGCGGGAAGUUUACAUCCUCGGGUGAGUGCUGUAGUAUGUGUCCUGCAGGCACAGGCGUGGCGUCCAGUUGUGCACAAGAAGACACCAAAUGCCAGCCAUGCCAAGAGGGUGUGACGUUCUCCGGCUCCGAGGGACUGUCCAGGUGCCAGCCAUGUUCGCAGUGCCCUUUAGGUGUCCCCCAGCUGGAACGCUGCACCCUCACCCAAGACACCCGCUGUGACUGCGGCCCGGGCUUCUUCCUGUUGAAGAAGAGGAACGAAACCAACUCUCUCUGUGCCGCAUGUGCCAUGUGUCGUCCAGGAGAGGGCAUGUUGAGGGUGUGUGGCCCUUCAGAAAACACUGUGUGUCAGCCUUGUGGUCCAGGCACCUUCUCAGAGGAUAAAAGCUACAACAAAUCCUGCAUGCCAUGCUCCUGGUGCAAAGAGAGUGAGGUGGAGAUCAGGCCGUGCCAUCCCAAAUCAGACACGCUCUGCAUGGAUCGAAAACUGCACAUCUUUUCGAACAACGGCUCUGAGGGGCCGUGGGAGUUCCCACGUCGAUUCGACGAGGAGAAGAAGAAUAGAGAGGUGACAGGAUCUGAAGCUCCAGACCUUAGCUCUGAGCACCAUCAGGGAGGAAACAACAUCUUGAUCUACAUGUCUGUGCUGGCAGCCGUGGUGCUGGGACUCCUGAUUUACGUCGCCUACAAGUGCUGGAAAUCGUUCCAGCAGAAGGCAGCACUAGGGAAAGCACGAGCUGCAGAGCUGAACAACGUGGUUGAGGGAGAGAAGCUACACAGCGACAGCGGCGUGUUCCUCGACUCUCACAGCCUGCAGGAGAGCCAACUGAACAAAGGCAUUAAGCAAGAGAGCAAGCAGGACUCGCGCUACAUUAACCUGCCCCCUCACAGGCAGGAGGAGGUGGAGAAGCUCCUGGCUGAGGGUGGAAGUCGGAACUGGAGGCAACUGGCCACCGUGCUGGGUUACGAGCAGGAGCGUGUGGACGUGUUUGGCCGUGGCGAGGAUCCCAUCCACACGCUGCUCACUGACUGGGCACAACAGGACAGCGCAACACUCGAGCUGCUGUCCACCGCGCUGAGCAACAUCGAGCGCCAUGAUGUAGCCAAAGCACUCAGCUCCCCUGAUCAGGGUAUUACCAUGGUCUGAAUUCAGUUCAUUUUAUUGGCCUGAAGGACAAUGAACCCUAAUGAGGAAAAGAGCACAGCACUCGUUUCUGCAUUACAGGGAAACUUUACACUCCAAAACAUAAAGGCAAAGAGGCGUAUCCUGCUUGUUUUGUAUUGAUAUAAGUGCCCUUUUGCUCGAUUUUGCAGCGCUUUCCACCAAGAACGGACACUCUGCUCGUCUUCCUUUCAAGACUGUUUCGGUAUUUAUGUGAAGAGGACAGACUUCCUUUUUCGGAGUGUUGACAAACCAGAACGAAACAUAAUACUGGCUUUGUAAUAAGAAAAAAACCCCUAGCCCUUUGUUCUUCAUACCACAUUCUAGUAAAUGUUGUCAUUCUGAGUGGUGCACAUGGCUUUGGUUACUGCCUGCUGGUUGCAUUAAAAUGCAGUGUUUCUGUGCAGUUUUCCACACUCACUCCUGCUGGAGGAAGAACGUUUUCUUUUCAAAUGCGUUCUCAUUCCUCCAGAAAAAAAAAGGUAGUCUUACUAAUGCAAACAUUCACUGACUCAUUGAACCUGAGCACAGCCUUCCAACAUGUGACUCACAUGCUGUAAAUGAAAAAGGAAGACAUGAGUGAUUUAUGGGCAAACUACAUGUUGUAUUCUUAACAAAUAAUCAUAAAGCACUGUUUCCUUCUGUGUGUACACCAUUGAGCAAAUAAUACAACUAGAAACGUAGCAGCGAUAGGAAGCAGCACCAUGUGUCUUUUGUUUGUCCCGUCAAUCAUGACAUUUCUUUUUUCUGUCUCUUUUAAUAAAAAUGAAUAAUAACCUGUGUGAGCAAAGAA